CUCCACACCACUUUCCACUAUUUCACCAUUCCAGGGCCAUUACCACGCCAGGAAGUCAUAAUGGAGGCUCUCUCAUCCAUAAUACACACUCUACGACAUGCCCUCGAUAUCCUCCUUCCGUUCACUGACCCCUCCACACCCCUCAUCCAAGACAUAAUACACACGAUCGCCCUCUGCAGCGCUCUAUAUAUUGCGCCCGCAAUACUCGAACGCCGUACCAAGCGGCUAGCUCCUCCUACAGCCACAGAACCAGUCUACCAACCCACAGAACCUGAAGAAGAAGACGUACCUGAGGACGCAGCAGACACUAUCCCACCUCUCCGGCCACAAGCUAUUGUCGAAGAUGGUUCCUCGGAUGAUGAUCUAGAAUUUGAGCCACCUCCGCUCGCGCCGACACCUCCGCCGCCUGGGAUAAAUGGUGCGCCCGACCAUGCUUUCCGGGAUAACGAUGCGGGCGUUGGCCCCGCGAAUCAGAAUCAGAACCACACACAGAGACAGACUCAGAGUCGCAUAGUUGGUGCGAAGAAAGCGAAGAGUCUAGCGCGGAAAGACCAGCGGCGGGCAUACCAUGAAUUCGUGCGGCAGCGGUCGGAAGCGCAAAGAGCAGCAGAGGCGGAAGGGGCGGAAGAGCGGGAGGAAGCGUUGUACGAGGAGAAGAGAAGACGAGCAGCUGCGGAAGAAGAGAUCAGAAUGAAGGAAAAGGAAGAGCGUGACCGGAAGAAGGAGCAGGAGAGGCUGGAGGCAGAGGCAGAAAGAAUGACGAGGGAAAAGUGCUUACACGCUGUCAAGAAGCGAUUGAAAGAGAACGGAGUGGUGGAUCUGAAUGAGGCAGCAAGGACUGCUCAGAGGGAAAGGGAGUGGGUGGAGAGGCUGCUUAGGGUUGGUGGCGUUGUAGAGGGAUCGAGAGAGGUGAGGGAUGGGCAAUGCACGAUUUUCACGGGUCAAGGCUGGCUUGUCAGGAUUGAUACAAGCGUAAUGAAGGAAGCAUAUAUGAGAGCUGGGGAGGUGGGAUUGAAAACCAAAAAUGGGCGGGUGUCGAUGGAGGAUAUCGGCACGUGUUUGGAGAAAGUCGUCAAAGGGAAAGCGAAGACUUGAAAGAGCACUUCAUCGCUCGAAGACGACCUAAUAUAUAUUUAUGAACCGAACCAUCUUCAACGGCAGUCUGACAUGCUGUUUGUACCAGUACAUUUUAAUAGAAUAGACGCAGCAGCCGUCUACUCCAAGACUGCAACUGAUCUGCUGUGAGAUUGAUUAUUUCUCAAGGCAC